UACAUAUUUCAUAUCACAUUCGUUUCGAUAAAUUUCGUGAACAUUGAAAGAUUUUUUAAGUUUCAUUGCAAUUUAAAUUUAUUAAAUUUUUCUAAAGUUUGUGUCGAAUUGUACGUACACCAUGAAAUUAACUGGCGAGUGCUCCAUAAUGACAGAAAUUUCCAAAACCGAGGAGGCCAUCAAAAACGCUUAUGACAGGCUGAAUAUGUUGGAAACAAAAUUGAACAACGAGUCUCUCCCAGAAAACAAACAGAAACUGAUCGAGAGGGAAUUGCAGGAAGUACGAAAACUGUUGAAAACGCACGAAGAUCAGCUUGCGCAUUUACGCACACAUAACAGGAAAACUUUCAUUUUUGUCGUAGCACUAAUGUUCGUUAUUUUCACCGUUUAUAUGCUGUAUAUACUAGUGGGAGGCAGCGACUUUUAGCAGAAAAAAAUAAAUAAUAGACGGUGUUUGAUGCAAUUUAAAUUUAUUUGUACUUCAUCCUUUUUAUUACAGCUGUUGUUUGUUGGCUAGAUCAAAAGAAACUCAUUCCAGGUAAACUUUAACUGUGAUUACUUUUAGAGCCUUUUUAUGACCAAAUAAAAUUCAAUACUAUUGUUUUA